UGUCCACGUCCCCGUGUAUUAUUGCGCGCCUUGAAUGUGUCAGGGGGAAAGGAGGAAAACUUCUGUAAAAAAAAUGGCGGAGGGUGCAACGUCUCUGAAAGGGAUGCGAGCCCAAAUGGCUGCAGCUGCACAGGCCCAGGCCGAGGAGCGCCGCAGCCUAGCAGGAACCAGCCCCGGGCCUGUCGCCACUGCCAACACAGCCGUAUCAGCCAAGAGUCCAGGACCACGACCAGUUCUCGAUGGAGCUGCUUUGAGGAUAGACGAUAAACUCAGAGUGGCGAAAGAACGACGGGAGGAGCAGGAAAAACAACAGGCGGCGCGUGACUCUCAGAUCUUCGAGCGAGAGCGCAAGGCGAAGCUUCAGGUGGAGCGUCAGAUGGAGGAGCGACAGCGCAAGCUGGAGGAGCAGCGACGGAAGGAGGAGCAGAGGAGGGCUGCUGUGGAGGAGAAAAGGAAGCUGAAGCAAGAGGAGGAGAAGGAGCGCUAUGAGGCGGUGAUGCGCCGGACACUGGAGCGCAGCCAGAGGGCAGAGCAGAGGCAGAAGCGCUGGUCCUGGGGCGGACUCUCAGACGCAGACCACAGAACUGAGUCUCCCUCCGUGCCCCCUCCUCCUCCAGGUGAGAGCGACGCAAGUUCCUCUUCUUCCUCGGUAGCCAUAGUAAUCUGCCCCGCCUCGCCAGCCAAGCCUUGCAGGACGCCGCCAGUGGACAAACGAUCCACCUCCACCAUGAACCUCAUGAAACAGCCGGGUGAGGCGGUUCUCAGCAAGCGCCUGUCCUCUUCCUCCGCCACCCUGGUCCGCUCCCCUGACAAAAGUGCUAAGCGGAGGAGUUCAUCUUUGAACCGGUUGCCUAGCAAUCCCCCUCAACCCACUAAAGACGGUCAUAAUAAACAGCCUCAGGUGGAACAGACAGGCCGGACCGCCCAGAGCCGUCGCAGCUCGUCCCUCUCGCGGGCGGCAGCGCGAACCCCGACCCCGACCAGAGCGGAGAAGGCUUCGGCCGCCGAGGAACCAGCCCGCCGUGGUCUGACCAGCCCCGUGGACAGUGCUGUUCUCAGCCGCCUGCUCACCCCCACCCAGGCCUCACUCGCUAGGAGCAAGAGCGCCGCCGCCCUCUCCGCCCAAGGAGCAGACGCCCCAGAGUCUCACAUGCUGUGUCCUCGCUCAGCCUCGGCCACGCCCCCCGCCGGACGCAGCCAGCCGGUCCGCAGCCGCAGCAGCGACCGCCGCAACGGCCUGCCCACCUCCGCCUCGGCCCACGCCGCACUGGACAGUGGUGGCACGCAGAAAGCUGAGAAGCGCUUCUCAUCUCCGGGAGGGACGCGCCCCACCUCUCCCUCCACCCUCACCAGUCGCCACCGCUCCCCAUCCCCUGCACCCCUCAACACCAGCACCAACAAGAGAGCCCCCUCCCCAGUCACAGCCAAGAGUCCACGUAACCGUCCCCCGUCCCCCUCGGGCCUGAAGCAGCGCCCCCCCUCUCCCCAGCCGCAGACCACCUCCAAGCCGCCGCCCAUCCAGAGGCCGGCCCUUACCCCCACCGGGCCGCCCACCCUCCGCAAGAGGGACUCCAAGCCAAAGGACAUGUCCCCCAUGCAGCCCCUCAUGCCCGUGGCAUCUCCGGACCCCAGUGCCCAGGCCAGCCCGGCCUCCACCCCCACCCCAGCUCCAGCUCCAGCUCCAGCCCCUGCCCCAGCCCCAGCCCCAGCCUCCAAGGCCAAAGAGGACGCCAGCUCCAAAGCCGCGGCUGGAACCAAUUCUGCCGCCGAGGCCGCCAAGAUCCUGGCCGAGAACCGGCGUCUGGCCCGCGAGCAGAAGGAGCGAGAGGAGCAGCUGCGCGUGCAGAGAGAGGAGGAAGAGAGGUUGAGAAAGGAGGAGGAGAAGCGCUUGGCCGAGGAGGCGCGAGUGAAGCGCCUGGAGGAGGAGAAGAGGCUGGCGGAGGAGAGGAAGAAGCAGGAGGAGGAGGACGCACUGAAGCAGGAGGAGGAGCGGGAGAAGCAGAGGCAGGAGGACGAGCUCAGGCAGGCAGAGCUGCAGAAAGAGCGCGAUGAGGCUGAGGCACGAGCCCUGGAAGAGGCGGAGAAGCUGCGUCUGGAGCGAGAACGCAUCCUCCAGCAGAAUCAACAGGAGCGCAUGGAGAGGAAGAAGAGAAUCGAGGAGAUUAUGAAGAGAACAAGAAAAACGGACCAAAAUGACUUCAAGAGAGAUGAUGAGAAAUGUGUCCAGGAGAUGAAUGGAAAUGGAAAUGAUGACCAAGCAAACUGUGACGCCAACGAGGAAAAUCCUGACCAACCAGAAGACACUGCUAUAGAGUCCAACCAAUCAGAAGCCCAGGAGGAGGAGGCCCUUCCUUUAGCUGAGCUAAUGGCAGUGCGGGAGGAGCCCUUGGGCUGUGUGAAUGGGCAGCCUGGGGUGGACAACAAGGAGAACAGCAACGGGUCCUGCACACAGGAGCCCCCUGCUGACAGCAGUUGUCCUCCGUCCAAAAGCCGGCUGGUGGAGGGCUCCGAGUUUGUGAACGAAGACGCCAAGGUGGGCCUGGCACCAGGGGUCAACGGGAAGUCCGGGCCCUGGAGCUUUGAGGAGCUCAUCGACCUCAACGUCCACAGCAAGGGCCGGCCACUGCUGGAGGCGGAGGCCUGCAACCAGGGCCUGAUGGAGCGCGAGGCGGGGGUUCCCGAGGGCCCGCGUGUGGCCUUCGAGGAGAAGACGUCCGUCAGCUCCCUGCACCCCAGCCAGCCCAUCGAGGCCUUGUCCGAGAUGUGAGGACUGGAGCCUUGUGAUAUACAUACAUAUUUGUUUAUUUUUUUGCACUCUGUGAGUUGUUGUCCAGUUUGAGCUUGAGAGCAGAGAGCUCCCC